AUGUACACUUUGUGCACUGAGGGUAGAACAAUAAACUCAGAAUCUUUAGAUUUAAGUGAAAAAGUCACAAUGCGUUCAGAAACACUUUUGAAGAAGGAUAAAUUAGACAAUGCAAUAGUACUUGAGGACGGUUUGGUUUAUAUUGGUGAGAUGUAAAAUGAUGAAAGAAAUGGUUUUGGAAUUCUAAUCUAUCCAAAUGGAUCUAUAUUGGAAGGGUAAUAUAUUUAGGAUAAUAUUUAAGUAAUUGGAUUAAUGGGAAAGCGAAUGGCAUUUGCAAAUUAUAAUAUAGCUAGGAUGAAUAGUAUAUUAUUUUAUUAAUGUUUAUAGUUACUAGGGAAAUAUUGUAAAUAAUAGAUUUCAGGGAUAUGGUGAAUAUGUUAAUAAUAAUUCUUCAAUUUACAAGGGAUAAUGGGAAAAUAAUGAGAAGCAUGGUUAUGGAGAAGAAUAUUUCAAGAAUGGAUCUAUCUAUUGUGGUAAUUUCAUUAGAGGAAUGAGAGAAGGAGAAGGUGUAUACUUGUCUAGUAAUGGAUCGAAGUAUGAGUUUUUUAAUAAAAUUUAGAUAUGAAGGAUAAUUCAAAUGUAAUACGAUGGAAGGGGAUGGAACAAUGUUUUGGGGAGAUGGUAGUACUUACAAAGGUUAAUUCUAAAAUAAUGAUAUUAAUGGAUAUGGUGUGUAUACUUAUCCUGAUGGAAGUUAUUAUGAGGGAUAUGUAAUUCUAUAAAAAUAUAAAAUCUAGUUUAUUAAUGGUAAAAGAAAUGGAAUAGGUAGUUUGAUAAGAUAUGAUGGAUAUGAAGUGAGUGGUGAAUGGGAGGAAGAUAAAUUUUAUAAGAAUUGA